AUGUCCUUCGUACAGGAAGUCGUGACCAGCCUUACGGGCGGAGGGCCCGAGGUCUAUGACCUUGUGGUUGUGGGCAGUGGAUUUGCAGGGUCCAUGACCACAUUGAAUUUCCUCGAAGAAUGCAAGAAACUCGGCAAGAGAGGGAAAGUGGCUUUGAUCGAGGCCGGAAAGGAAGGUGAGCGCUGUGGUGCAAGCAGAUGGACAAUGGCAUACCUCAGACUGGACAAAGACAACAACUUUGACACAGACUGGAAGCAUGAAAUGAAGCGUGUCAGCAAUGGUCUCGCGGAUCAAGACUACUGCGCAAAGAUGGAGCAGGAAGUCCCGGUCACGGCUCAAUAUCUUCUUGACCAUGGCGUCAAACUCAACCAUCACGAUGAAAAGAAUGUUCUUCUCGAGUUCAAUACCAACCAGCAUUUUGUAUUCCCCGAGGGCGGCGGCAAUGCCAUUAUCAACGCACUGUUCGACAACAUCCGCAAAUUCGACAACGUGACGGUCAUGUGGGAAACCCAGGCCGAACACCUUUUGACCGCAGAUGACGGUGUUGUCAAUGGCGUCAAGGUCCGCAAGGCUGACGGACGCCUGGCGAAAGUCCACGGUAGAAAGGUGAUGCUCGCAUGCGGAGGCUUUGAAGGAAACCGGGAAAUGUUGGCCCAAUACGUCGGUCCAAGGACGGAACAUCUCGAGCUCAUUGCCCCCGGCUUGAAGUACAACACCGGUUUCGGCCUGAAGAUGGGCUUGGAGGUCGGCGCUGCGGUCGCAGGGUCGAUGAGUGGGAUGCACUGCGAACUCGUUGAUACCAGGGCGACAAAACCUGACGCAGUCAUUUGGGGCCAUGGAUAUGGCAUUGUCGUCAACAAACAUUCCAAGAGGUUUUAUGAUGAAGGGCAGCGACACCUCUUUGGAACCUUCGAAAUGAUCGCGCUCGAGACAUGGCGAGACCAAGACCAGCAGGCAUACUUUGUCACAGACAAGGCGAUCAUGGAUCGUUUCCGACCAGGUUGGGUAUACGACACCACUGAUCAAGAGCCCGAGCAGAGCGACACCAUUGAAGGUCUGGCCGAGAAGCUUGGUCUGGAUCCCAAGGAGUUGAAGAAGACCGUCGAAGGAUUCAAUGCGGCUAUCAAUGACAAGGAGUUCAAGGUGCUAGAGCUCGACGGCAAGAGGACCACCGGCCUUUCACCCGAUAAGACGAACUGGGCCAAUCCGAUCAAGGACCCUCCGUACUUUGGAUAUCCGAUGAAAGCACAAUUGACCUUCACGUACGGUGGUCUCAAAUGUGAUCUCGAUUCCAAGGUCUUGUCGACGACGGGAGUUCCGAUUCCAGGACUCUACGCUGCCGGAGAGCUAAGCGGGCUGUUCUACAACGAGUAUCCACCAGCAACCAGUGUGCUUCGUUCGCUCACAUUCGGGCGUAUUGCUGGGAAGGACGCCGCGCAGGCGCUUUGA